AUGACUAAGGCCCCUUUCUCCGUGGAAUGGUUGUCCCAGAGCAGCCAAGCUCUCAAGAGCCCCACCGAGGGCUCUCCACACCGAGCAUCGCCCGCGGGCCACCGGCCCGGCUCCGGCUCCGGCUCCGGCUCCAGCCUGGGCCGGAGCGAGCGGAGCCAGGAUCGGCCGGCGGGCCCGCGGGACGGGCGGGGCGGCAGGAGCGGGGAGCGCAUGGACACCACUCCCGCCGCAGGGGUGCCGGAGGAGGGUCCCGAGUGCCCGGGCCCCGAGGAGCCGUGCGGGCGCGGCGGGCGGCGGCUGCGCACGGCGUUCAGCGCCGAGCAGAUCAGCACGCUGGAGAGCUCCUUCCAGCGGCAGCAGUACCUGGGCGCGGCCGAGCGCCGGCAGCUGGCGGGCAGGAUGCGCCUCUCCGAGGUGCAGAUCAAGACCUGGUUUCAGAACCGGCGGAUGAAGCUGAAGCGGCAGCUGCAGGAGCUGAGGACGGAGCCGUUCUGCGGCCCCGCGCUCCCUUACGGACCUCAGGGCGCCGUGGUGCCCUUGCCGCUCGCAUGCGUGGCCCGGGCAGGGGCCGCCUCCGAGGGCUGCGCUCUGGCGGCGCUGCCGCCACCCGCCCUGGACCUCAGCAGCGCCUGCCGGGCGCAGCCGCUCGGCUUUUGGGCAGCACCCUGCUUCGUGGGGUACCGCGACCCCAGAGCUUUCUUGCUGGGUGUCUGA